UCCCUCUUCAUUUCCUCGCCGAUUCUUCGCUAGCCCCAAUCCCUCUAUAAAACAAUCCAUACCUCCCUUUCCCCUUCCUGGCCCUACAGUAACCCCUCAUUUUCUCAUUAAACACGCAAAGCUUUCUCGUAAAAACGGUGCUUCAUCCUUUGGUAAUGGCACCGAGGGAGAAAUCGGCCGCCACCGCCGCCGUUAAAGUUCACGGAAUUGGAAAGGAGGUACAUUUCAGGGGAGUGAGGAAGAGGCCGUGGGGGAGAUAUGCGGCGGAGAUUAGGGAUCCGGGCAAGAAGAGCCGUGUUUGGCUCGGAACUUUUGAUACAGCGGAGGAAGCCGCUCGGGCCUAUGACGCCGCUGCCCGUGAGUUUCGCGGUGCCAAAGCAAAGACUAACUUCCCUUUUCCUAGUGAAAUUGUACACAGCAUCAAUCACAGCAAGAUAAACGAUAAGAUCGAUACUAAUAACCAGAGCCCGAGUCAGAGUAGUACUGUGGAGUCCUCAAGUCGCGAGGCGGCUCCCAUGAUCGAAUCAUCUCCAUUGGAUCUUAAUCUCGGUGGCGUUGGGUUCAGCUCCACAGUUAGGUUCCCUUUUCAGCAGGUGCCGGCGAUGGCCGGGGUUUUUGUCGGCAGCGUUCCCGCUCCGAAUUUGUUGUACUUCGAUUCCGUGAUGAGAGCCGGACCUCUGCCGACUCAGCAUUACGGACGGCUCAGAUUUGAUCACCAUAACCAUCGUGAUUUCAAAGCCGAGUUUUCUGGUGGGGCAAAGAGCGAUUCCGAUUCAUCUUCCGUUGUUGAUUAUUUCGGUCAUCAUGAUGUUAUCAACAAGCCAGCAAGAGUUCUUGGUCUCGAUCUCAACCUCCCUCCCCCGCCCGAAAUCGCCUGAUUUUUCCCUGAGAUUUUGCGUGUCGCAGAACGGCCACCGUAGAUUCAACGGUUUUUUUUUUUUUUUUUAAACUUUGUCAUCUGCUCUGUUUUAAUUAUUUACUCCGAUGUCCUUCUGGUUUAAGAUAGGCCUUACAAGGAAGAAAGAAGAAGAAAAAAAGAAAAGCAAAAGAAUAGAAUUAUGAGAGGUUUUGGAGAGCGUGACUGUGAUCCGAUGAGAUGUUUAACGAUCACUGAUCAGCUCUUUGUUGUGGAUACGUCACUAGAUGUCUAGAUCCGCCUUUUUUUUGCAACAGGGAAACCAGCGUUUCUCAUUGUUGUUCAUAACUAGCUACUUACUGUGUCUAUUUUGAUUCACUGGAUGAAUUUAACGAAAGAUCAUUCCCAUCUUCAAUAUAAGUACUUUGAUUUAAUUCAG